AUGUUGUGCCACCACUACGGCUCCAAGGCCUGCCGCUUCCAAAAGCCCACCUGUAGCAAGUGUGGCUACCCUGCCAAGCACCAGAGAAAGUGCAACUGGAGUGCCAAAGCUAAAAGGCGAAAUGCCACAGGUUUCUCGUUUCCGGAUCCUCCGCGUGUGACUUCCCUUGCUUUUGCUGGUCCUGCGAAGCCCCUCUUGUCACUGAACCCGCAGGAGCAGGCCGAAUUUCAGAAACAGGUGGCACAGAUCCGCCAUCGGACGCAGAACGAAAAACUUACUCCUGGAGUUGUCUAUGUUGGUCACAUACCUCGAGGCCUUUUUGAACCCCAACUCAAGUCAUAUUUCUCCCAGUUUGGCACUGCUACGAGACUUAAAUUAUCCAGAAGUAAAAAGACUGGAAAUAGUAAAGGUUAUGCCUUUGUGGAGUUUGAGUCUCAUGAUGUUGCCAAGAUCGUUGCUGAAACAAUGAAUAACUACCUUUUUAGUGAAAGACUCUUGAAGUGUGAUUUCAUGCCACCUGAGAAUGUACAUGAAGAACUUUUCAAAGACUGGGAUGUUCCAUUUUCGAAGCCAUCAAAUCCUGCAGUGAAACGAUAUAAUAAACAUCGAACACGUACAGAAAAGCUACGGAUGGAAAAACGAUUUAAACAAAAAGAAAAAUUACUAAGAAAGAAAUUAGCCAAUAAAGGAAUCGAUUAUAAUUUUCCUCCAUUGGUUUUACCCAAAAAGGAAAGACGUGUCACCAACAGUGAUCUUCAGAACUGUACCGAUAGCAAGGAUUCCACACCCGUCUGUACACCAUCAUUUUUGGAGAGACGAAAAUCUGAACUGGCUACACUGAAUGAUAAUGAUGAAGAUAAUGAAAUAGUGUUCAAACCUGUUGUCAGUCGACAGGGUUACGUGGGCGGGCCGGCGUGCUUUGUGAAGUCACCGACUCCGCCCCCGGCCCCGCCUCUCUGCUCACGUCAGCCCUGCCUCGCGGGCGCGAGGCCCGUGCGAUUACUGCUUAAGAGACCCCGGAGUGGGACGGUCGUGCGAAACCUGUCUGCGUCCGCCAUAGUGCUGCCUCGGAAGUGUCGCCGACGCUGGGGUGAGCGACGAAGAAGCGCCAGGGGAGCAAAAAAAAACCAACACAAAAACCAAACCCAGGGAACCAGCGCCGCCCUGGCUGUGGCCCGGCAGGUUCCGGGUCUUUUUCUCACGGUUCUGGGCCUCAAGCCGACGGAAACGAAAGGCAGAAGAAGCCGCGGAGCAGCGGACGGGAAGAAGCGUCAGGGAGAGCCGGCAGUGCCCCCCUCCCACGCCCGGGACCCUCCGGGACCACUCGGCCGCCGUUCGGGGCCCAGGCUGGUGAGGAAGCGCUUGGAGGCCGACUCGAGCCCUCGCCCCGACUUUGUGCGUGGAGCGGCGGCGGCGGCGGGGGGAGGUGGAGCCGGGGCCGGGGCGGUCUACGGGAAGGCCUCUCCGCCGCCGCCCGGGCGCUUGGGGGCCUAG